UAGACCCGCCCCCUCCGUUAGACCCGCCCCCUCCCGGACGGACCGGCCCGUUAUUGGCGGGCGCGGGCUGGGGCGGGGUCAGGGCCAUGGCCGCCGCGGGGGCUGCGCGGCCGCGCAAGGGUUUGUCCUCUGGAAGGCUCUCAGGAGCAGUUAAACUAACAAAUGGAAGAAAACAGGUUGGCUUAAGGAGAGGAUGUUAUACUGAUGCAGAAUUCUUUUCCACCGACUCUGACAAUCAGGUUGAUGCUAUCCAUGAUGGACUUGACCAGUGUGCAGCUUUACUGAAGAAUUUCAUACAAAAUGGGGCUACAGGAAAGGAGGCUGUCCAUAAACAACCUGGGAAAGCACCUACUUCCAAGCCUUUGCUAACCAAAGGAAAUACUUCCAAGAAGAAGGGGUUAACAAGAAAUGUUACUCCUGCCCCUGUCCGAAAAGAAAUUCUGCCAAUAUCAAAUAGAAAAUUUGCUCCGUCCACCACACCUUCUGCUGAGAAAGAACUUUCCAGUGCAGCACAGAAUCAGAUAGUUCAACCUAUUCAUGUGCCUUGCAGUCAGCAGUCUCCUGUGAUGUAUCAGAAACUGUGUGAGCACGUGGAAACUCAGAUGUCUCUGAUAACUGGCCAACCACCACAGGAGAGUAAUGAAAUUCCUACUAUAACUCCUUCUCCUACCUCAAAUCAGGGAUGUCAAAAUGUUGCAGCUUUUAAUUAUCUGUUACCUACGUCCACAUCAGGACUGUCCCUGCAGCAUUCAGCUAAUCCCUUAACUACUCAGUCAGGUGUUCCUGUAGAUAGUGCCAGUGAAUGUGUGCCAGAGAUGGGAGGACCUGUGGUUUUCCCAGUAGUUUCUGCUGCUCCUGCUGCACAAGUGCAGUCUGGCACUGCUCUUCCUAGUGUGGUCCCUUGUAUAGCACCAGGUCCUUCGAUCCCUACAGUGCCUACAUUGAUCCCAGCAUCUUCUGCCAGAGAGAUGACCCCAAACCAAGAGCACCAGACAAAAGAAGCAGAUUUGAUAAGGUGCAUACAAGCUCACCUGGCCCUGUUACAAUCACGUGAGGGACUGAAUGGCAGCACUGAACAGAGGUGCCAUCAGCAUUGUCCAGCACAACAUGAUGGCUCAAGUGACACGGAGGAAGAUACUCCUGAAGAGCACAGUGAGGAUAUGGUCAGUGAGGAAGAUGAAUUGAAUGUCCUUGACAUAGCUCCAGUGAGAGAUACAGGCUGUAGGACAAGUUGUGUGAAGAAAGUUCUAAAAUCUAGAAGAGAAAGUCCAGAAGAAACAGCCCAUAAAGUUAUGACUGUAAAAUAUCUUAUGGGUGAACUCAGAGAACUGAUAACAGAUCAAGAUGAUUCAGAAAUGCUGAGGUUGAUGAGUGAAAUAGAAGGUUGCAUAUCAUUGCUCCCAGCUGUAGUGGGAAGUACAAACAUCCAAGCUGAAAUAGCACUGGCUUUACAGCCUCUCAGGAGUGAAAAUGCCCAGCUGCGCAGGAGACUAAGAAUAUUAAACCAGAAACUCAGGGAACAAGACACUAGUGAGAAGAAAUCUGGACAGAGCUGCAAUUAUGAAUUAGUUUCUUUGCAGUCCUUGAAUAUGAUGCUCCAGAGUCAAUUGCAAGAAUCGCAGAAAGGCCUUGAUUCACUGCAGGCUAAAAAUGAAGAACUUCUUAAAAUAGUAGAAAGUCAGAAGGAAGAAAAUAAACAUCUUGCAAAAGUUAUUCAAGAUAAAGAAGAAGAAUUGCUUGAAAACAAACAGCAUUAUGACAUUCAUUCCACCAAGCUCAAGAUUGAAGUGGAAGAAGCAUUAGGAAAUGUGAAGAGCCUUCAGUUUAAGCUGGAAGCUUCAGAGAAAGAAAAUAAGAUUUUGGGCAUAACAGUACGUCAGCGGGAUGCCGAGGUUAAGAGACUGCGGGAAUUAACCAGAACCUUGCAGGGCAGUAUGGCCAAGCUUCUGUCUGACCUCACAGUGGACAACGUUAGACCCAAACCUGAAAAAGCUCUCUCAAAGUCUCUUUUGGAAGACCACGAAAAGCAGAUGCAACCUGAGCCAUUUCCUGGGAGUACUGCAGUAAUGACUUACCUUAAAAAAUUAGAAAUGGAUCAUAUUUUGAUAGAUACAGAUCUUCAAUAUGCAAAUGAAAGUGGAAACAUGGAAAUGCAAAAUCUGGCCUAUGAAAAGUUUGAUGCUGAAGGAAGUAAAAUAAACAGUAUGUUCAUAGAAGAAGGAACAUCAGCUCCCAGAGCACUACAAACUUCAUUGAACCAAGAUGCAGAAACAGUUAGUGAUUCUGGGACUUUACUAGAUGACCAAAACAAGUUGGAUGAGACAAUUUAUAUUCCAUUGACUAGCAGUGCCUCUAAAAAACAGCAGCCAGUCUCUGACAGAAGUGGUGUGCUACCCCAGAGUAGAGGGGCUUGUAAAACUUUGGAUUUCUGUGAGCUCCCAAGUUCUGUGCCGCAGUGUGGAUGUGAGCUAUCAAAGGAUCCAACUGUACUGGAUAAGUUAAGUGCUGGGUACAGUGUGAAAAAGACUGUGGAAAACACUCUUGAAGUUACAGGGGAUAAAGCAAAGUUGGAAGGAGACAAAGUCCAAAUGAGAUCAAAAGUCAUUCCAAGUGGAGCUGCAAAAGAUUCCACAGAUAAACCAGACCAACCUCAGCCUGGUACAUACCCUCAUGUAUCAAUGCCAUUUCCAACAGAGAUUUCUCAGAGAAAAGGUAGUAAAACAGCUGAUUUUAGUUGCAUUUCAUUUGAUGGUUUAUCAGUGAGAUCUGAGUGGAGUGCAACUUCUUUCUCAACAUUUACUUCUCGAGAUGAAGAGGACUUUAAGAAUAGUUUAGCAGCCUUGGAUGCCAACAUAGCCAAGUUACAAAGGACUCUGCAGAGUAACAUCAGGAAACAAUGAUUAUGAGGAGGGGAAAUGGGCUGCCCUUGUUCGGAAAAAUUAGGUUUUUCUAAAGUAUAUUAAUAAGUAUGGUGCAGAUAUGUAUAUUUGUAUGUAAUAACUUGUGCUUAGCUGUUUCAACUAUGAAUAGAAUUUGUUCCUCAUUAAGCUGUGGCACUGUUUCCCUUGAUAUGUACAACUUGAAAUAACUGGCUUUUUAUAUAAAAUAUAAAUGGUUUGGGUUUUUUUUUAAUUAUUACUUAGGUUUAUAUUCUUUACUUGCAAAAUUAAUUAUACUUGAAAAUUAAAUGUUCUUGUUUAUGCAUGGUUUUUUUUUUCCUUCCCCUAAGAACUGUUGCAAGGUGCUAUACGUGAGCAAAAGGUUCCACAGGUAGAGGCCAGGGAAGAGCUGUCUACAGAGCAGCAGGAAUGCUGAGAGUUACAGUUGCUAAGUCAGGAUCAUGCUAUUCCAGAAAUAAAUGCAGCCAUCAUAUGGGAUUUGUAGUGUAUGGUAGAUCAUAUAAAAUACAUGAAGUAAUCCUUUUUCACUCAUCACUGAUAAAACUCAGUUUUCUCUUUGGACCAUUUUCCUCAAAGGAAGAAGUUGAUGGAGAGUUCAGGCGAGAGCAAAAGAACUAUCAAUGUUCUGUUGCUUUCUGCAGUUCUGUUUUAGGUUAUACUUUUUACUAAUGUUUGAUUUUUAUCUAAAGUAAAAGAAUGUAGAACCCGUGGAUAAACACAGAACAAACAGGCUGACGCUGAGAAACAGAAGCAGCAGAGCUGACACAAAGGAGACAAAUUAGGAAUUAGUGAAAGCUGGCAAACCAGUGCAGUUAGCAAAGCACCAGAAUGUACAGUGUGAGGAAGGCAUGGAAAUUCCGCAGUUGUUGAGAUGUCAAACAUCUACUGGCCAUAAAUACAGAGAGUCUGGACUGAAUCACCCAAAUCGACUCUCACAGGAAUGGGAGCGGAAGGGGGAAUGAUUCCAGUCCGCUGUUCUCCCCAACAGGCCUUUCCACAUCUCAGGCUCAAGAAUAUGCAUAAUAUAAGUGUUUAAGGUACAGGUACAGGAAGGUGGUGUUAUUGCCACCAUUCUCUUCCUCUUGCGCUCUUAGCAGUGCUUCAGUGCUGUUUUUCAGGGAAAAUAUCUUUGGAAAAGAAACAGCAAUAUAAGGACCUGAAUUUAAGAUUGCUCCUUCUGCAGCAUUGCUUUUUUUUUUUUUUUUUCCUAGAAAACAUUGCUGUGCUUCCUGGUACUGUUUUCUUGUAUGUUUCCAACUAGAAGAAAAGUCCCUCAUGGUUAGUUGCUUGAAUGAACACAUUUUAAAGUUAGGAUGCUGUCCAUGCAUUGUGCUGGGAAGCAGUUCUGUGAUUAUUUUAGUUACUGGUAACUGAGUCAUACAAAGGUAUGAAGACAACACAUACUACAGAAGAUGCCAACUGGCACUCCUGCUUCGAAAAAGGAAAGUUAGACUAAAUAGUGACUUCAGUGAUUUAGAAUGCUUUUAAGGCUUGGCCUGGAUUUCUUGGUACUCUCCACGCUCCUUGUGUUCACAUUCAAUAUCAGGUUGAUGGUAUGAAAGCUUUAAUUAAAUAUUUACAAGCAUUUUCAGUGUAGAAGCUAAGCAAGAUUUAAACUAUUAUUACGGUGGGGAUCAAAGACAAGCUACAAUAAAUUCUAGUCUUUAAAACUCACAAGAAAGCUGAGGAAAGAUGGGAAGAAUAUUCAUUAGUAGACAAACUAAUUCAGUUUUCUUCUUGCAGCCAGGACUUUCUCCAUUUGAAGGAGGGUAUUUGUCCUGGUCAAAGAUAGUUGCAAUCUGCAUAAGGCAGCUGUGGUGUCAAGAUACUCAAGCACGUUGUUCUUUGGUUGAGAACAUUUAUAUUCACUUUUGUCUCAGUGAGGGAAGAUGUUACACCAUCUUACUCCUGUCCUGUUCGUUGUCACAAAGUCAAUCCUAUCAAAGCAGGAGAUGACUACUAGAAAACCCUCUUGGGGAUAAUGACAUAUGAGCAGGUUUGAAAUGUGUAUCCACUUGCAAGAAGGAGAAGCUUAGAAGAAGAAAGAGGAAGGAGACAACGUCUUUAAUGUGGUUCUUUGUUUUGUACUCAAACAUGUCAAUCAGAACUAUAGCAUCCUAAUGAAUUAUAAAACUUCCCAUGUAUGGGCAUUAUGAAUGUGCACUGUUGUGGAAGCAAAAUUCAACAAGAUCAAAUAUCUAAGUCUCUUAAAGCUGGGAAAGGCUUCUAGGAUUCAACCCAAAACAGGGCACUGAAUCUGUGGAAAUCAGCAUAACUGGUGUUCUGAUAGCCUCAACAGAAGGCUUACAGACUCAAUUCUUUUAAUGUGUGUAUAUAGUAAAUAAUCCCUACAGAAAAUAAAGGAAAUCCUAAAUUUG